AUGCCAGAAAGCAAGUAUUCCACAGCUCUAUCUGGGUUGUUGAACGCAGCAGUGAGGGCCUGUUCAACCUGGGCUCUUUCGAAACCCAUUGCCAUGAUAUUCUGGAUAGCCGUCUCUCUCACACUACCGGAAGCAAAAGUCGAAGCGUCGAACUGUGCUGGGGCAGACUCACCGCCUGCUGGUGCAACAGGAGCCUGUUCCGCCACCGGAGCUGUAGAUGUGGCCGUUGCAGUUUCUUUAGGUUUGGCGGGUUCUGCUGACACAGGGGCCUUUUUCGGUUUCGAGAUCAUGAAUAUCACCUGA